AUGGAGCAAAAUAACAUUUAUUAUUUUGAAAGUCAGCCACACGAUUUUGCUACGAAUGAUCAAAUACUAUUUCCUCAAGCUACGACGCAACAGCAACAUGCCGCACAUGUCUUCACUCAGAGCUCACCAAAACCAACCUCGUCAAUCUUGAGCCAAAACACACAAAUAUUCGGUCAGAGCGUGCCACAGCAACUUCAACCUUCACUCAGCCCCGUAUUUCAAAAUCCAGAAGAUGAAACUUCUGCGAAACCUCAGAAGCGAGGAAGAAAAGGCUUGAAACAUGAGAAAGUUUGGAGUAGUGGUGAAACUGAACAUUUGAUAAAUUUGUGGUCACAACACGAAGUUCUAUACAAAGUUAGUUGUCCAGGAUAUAUGGACAAAAACAAAAAACAACUGGCACUUGUAGCGAUUGCAGCCGAGCUAAAUUGUAGCGAGAGUGAAGUACAAAAGAAGAUGCACAGCAUGAAGACUGAUUAUGGGACAUUACGUCAGAAUUAUGAGGAAUCGAAGAGGAAAAGUGGAAGCGGGAGAGCUGAUUUGAAGAAGCCUAAUUGGCCUUGGUAUGCACUUAUGGAAUUUUUGAACGAUAACUUGACUUCCAAGCAGGAAUGGCGAAUUUGUAGAGUUUUAUUUGGUUUAACAGCCUCGCCAUUUUUGCUGAACGCAACGCUUUCGAAACAUAUUAAAAAUUAUGAGGACAUUGAUCCUAAAUUUACCGAACGAUUUUUAAAUUCUUUACAUGUCGAUGAUUUAAAUGGCGGCUCUAAAAAUGUUGACGAAGGGUUUACGUUUUAUUGUAAAGUUAAAGAUCUUUUAGCAGAAGCAAGUUUUAAUAUGCGUAAAUUUCAGUCCAAUGCUCCAAAACUUGAAGCUCUCGUUAACGAACGUUACAAAGGGCCUCUUGAGGUAAACCAUGAAGGCAACACAACAAAAGUUUUGGGAUUACAGUGGCUUAAAGAUAGUGAUAAGAUUGGGUUUAAUUUUGAGGAGAUAAAGCAGAAAUUUCAUGCGAAGCCCGAUACAACGAAACGCAACGUAUUACAAGCAAUAGCGUCAAUUUUUGAUCCACUUGGCUUGAUAAAUCCUAUUAUCGUUAAAAUGAAAACCUUUUUUCAAGAUUUAUGUAUUAAGAAUGUAAAGUGGGAUUCUCCUUUAUCGGAAGAACACUUAGAGAUAUGGUCAGAAAUUAUUGUUAUAAUGAUAAGAACGAUCCGUAUAAGUCUGUCCAAUUUACAUGGUUUUAGUGACGCGUCUAAAGCAGCACACGGAUGUUGUGUUUAUAUUCGAUUUGAAACCGAAUCCGGUAAGAUUAAAACUGCUUUGGUAUCGAGUAAAUCGCGUGUUGCUCCAAUUAAGUCACAAACCAUACCUCGCUUAGAAUUAUUGGGAGCUUUAAUGUUAGCAAGACUGUUGGAUACAGUCUCCCGUGCUUUAAACAAUGUUUAUCCAAUCGAACGUAUAUUUGCGUGGAUUGAUUCUAGUGUUGUGUAUUCUUGGAUUAAAAACAGUGAUAAAAUUUAUAAACCUUUCGUACAAAAUAGAUUGACUGAGAUAAGAAGAUUAUUUGAUGUAAAAUGCUUGAAAUUAGUUGGCACUAAUGAUAAUCCUGCCGAUAUUAGUUCCAGAGGUUCUUCGCUAUUAAAGCUCUCCACUAGGAGUCUCUGGUUUGAGGGUCCAGGUUUUCUAACUUUACCAGAAAACGAGUGGCCGCGUCUGCAAGUUGGAGACAAGUUCCUGCCGGAGUCUUCCUGUGAAGAGAAACUUUCAUUGAAUGUUAAUACAGAGUUCACGUGUUUAAAAAGUGACUCUGAUGUAGUUAAUGAUCCUUGUUUAUCUGAGAUCAUUAAAGUUGAUAAUUAUAAUAGUUUUAAAAAAUUGGUGCACGUUACGGCGUAUGUAUUACGAUUUAUAAGAAGAUGUAAAGAAGAAAAGAAGAGAAAUGAAAAGAAGACUACUAACACAUUAUUACUAACAAAAAGGGAGUGGCCCGAAGAUUUGUCGGUGGAAGAGAUUAAGUUUGCGCAAUUCAAGUGGUUAAAACUGUUUCAGUGGAAGGUCCAGAAUAACAAGAAUUUUGAAGUAGAAAAAGUGAAACUUGGUCUUUUUAAGGAUGACGAUGGAGUUCUGCGAUGUAAAGGUCGUGUACAAAAUUCACCUUUACCACACGACACUCGGCAUCCAGUGUUUUUACCUACACAAUGUGAGCUUUUGCCUCUUAUUUAUUCUUUGAAACCAUUUGAAAGUAAAGCGUUUACUUACCCAAGUACUUCUGCGUUACCUGAUUUUCGUUUGUCGUUGAACUUUGCCUUCACAAAUAUUGGAAUCGAUUAUGCAGGUCCGUUGUAUAUACGAGAUAUUUAUUCACGUUCUGAUGUACAUAAAGCGUGGAUUUGUUUGAUUACUUGUGCUAGCAGUAGAGCUGUUUAUUUGGAUAUUAGUACUGAUUUGUCUGCUUCAGCUUGUGUUAAUGUUUUAAAACGUUUUGUAAAUAAAAAUGGAACUCCGAAAGUUAUCAACUUAGACAAUGGUUCUAACUUUAUUAGUAAAGAAGUUCAACAUUUUGCAUCAUCACAUGGCAUUAAGUGGUGUUUUAAUAUUGAAGCUGCCCCCUGGCAGGGUGGAUAUUUCGAAAGGCUAAUUCAGUCUCUUAAACGUUGUUUGAAAAAAGUACUUUUUAAAACUUUAGUUGAUUAUGAAGAGAUGUUGACUAUUUUGUCAGCAAUUGAACGCAUACUUAAUAACCGUCCUUUGACGUUUAUUUACGACGAUGUUAACGAAAGUCCAUUAACUCCGAAUCAAUUAAUAUACGGAAAAAACGUUAGUAUCGAUUAUGAAGAAUACGAUGGCAAAAAAAGUGACGAGUUGACAGUUCGCGCGAAGUACAUAAAAACUGUGCUCGAUCAUUUUUGGAAACGUUGGUUAAAUGAAUACGUUGUCGAUUUACGCGAAUUUCACAAACAGAAGAAGAAAAAGCUACAGUCCUCUUACGAAAUUGAAGUAAACGAUGUUGUUCUUAUACACGAUGAUGGUAAAACUAGAGCAAAAUGGAAGAUAGGUCGAGUAACGGAAUUGUUGAAAAGCAAGGACGCUCGUAUACGUGCAGCAAAGGUAUUAGUCGCAACUAACAACAAUCGUAAAACGAUAAUUACACGCACUUUGCACAAACUUUAUCCUGUUGAACAGUCUGAUCGCGACUACGAGAAUGACAAGGAAGAUAACGACGAAAUUAAAAUUGACUUUAUAAACGAAGAUGACAUCAUCGUUUUUGGUGGGGAGUGUUAA